AUGGCAAGUGAGGGAGAGAGUUUUCUAGCCUUAGUGCAUUGCUGUGGCAAAAUUAAAAAAAGCAAAAGCGAGGGUGUGAAGUUCACUGACAGAGAACCACUGAGUGUUUUUAUCACUUCGUCAAGCUCCUUAUCAGAUUUGAAGAACAGCAUCUUGCAGAAGUUUGGCGUGUUUGGUAGCAAGUGGGUGAAGAAACUAUACUACAAGAUCCCCAUCGCAGUUGUCUCGACCGGUGUUAAGUAUGAUACCUUUGUGGUUAAGGCUGAUGAAGAUCUUAGGGUUUUGUUCCAUUGUGUAAGGAGUUUUCCGGAGAUCAGAAUCCAUGAGUUAUUCGCGAAGUUGGAGGUCGGUGUUGAAAGUUCUGGGGCAUCCGCUCCAGUUCCUGGCUCGACUGCCGCCGGAGGUGCAUCUAGUUCGAUGCCUACGGUCAGACCGUAUCAUCCACCAGUAGCAUCCCCUUCAUUCGCGGCUGAUUUAGACCGAACAGAGGUUGUUGGUUCUGUAACUUUGGAGAAUGCAGCAGUCGUUGAGCCUCCUCACGAUGUCGGCACUGGGGGUGGCCUGUUAACUUAUAUGGAAGGCUUUGGUGGACCCGAUCGAGUAGAGAAUGCAAUGUGUGACGAUGACUCUGACCAGGAGCCUGUUGAUAUCGUAGGGGACAGCGACGAUGACACAGGUGCAAAUCCACAUACGCAGCAUAUGCCUUCAAGUUCUGCUUCUCAGCAGUACCCUCCACACUUCUCCACACUAAACUUGGAUGCUCUGGCUCAACAGGAGGACGGCGGUAACACAGUCGGGGGCUCUUCUAUAGAAUUUCAGAUCGGGCAAUCAUUCCAGAACAAAGAUGAAGCUGUGUUGAGUGUGAAGGACUAUAGCAUCCGGCGAGGUGUUGAGUAUAGAAUCAUCGAAUCAGAUCAUCUGAAGUAUCAUGGAAAAUGCAAGGAAUUCGGGAAGAGUUGUAGUUGGUUGAUUCGAGUAGCCCUGCGUGCACGCAAGGGCACUUGGGAGGUUAGGAGGUACAACGGGCCACACACAUGCUUGGCAACCUCUAUUUCGAGUGAUCACCGUCAGCUGGAUUACCACGUCAUCUGUGCGAGGAUUCUUCCAUUGGUUAGGGCAGACGCUCCGGUUACGGUAAAGGUAUUUCAAUAA